ACCACAACAGUCAAUUACGGCCAUUCAUUGAUCGACUGACUCUCACAUCUUCCUUCCGUCAAAUGUCUCCUCUUCCUACUUCUUACUAUCAAUCUCGUGGAUUUAAGGCAUCAUUUCAUUCUAGCUCCGAACACUCCCCUAAUCACUCCUUAUCUUUCAUAAUCAGAAAUAUGUUUAAAUGAAAGUGUCUUUGCCUAAUUUAGAGCAGGAAGCAGUCUUCGACUAUUCAACUCCAAGUGAAAGAAAAUGUAGGGGCCACGCCAUUUAAGCCUUGGGCUGGGCCCUCCAAUCGUGCUGGAGAUUCCAUUAAAUUCAUUCCCUCCUGGUAGUGCUAUCUCUGAAACCGUAAUUGAAACUUGAGCUCAAUUUGCGCUCCAAUGGCGGAGAAGAAGGAAGGUCAUAUUGUGAUGGUCCCUUUCAUGGCUCAUGGCCAUCUCAUACCCUUUCUGGCUCUAGCUAGACUUAUCCACCAACACACCUCGUUCUCCAUCACCAUAGCCAACACUCCUCUCAACAUCCAACACCUCCAAUCCGCCAUUUCCUCUUCUUCCUCCGAUCUCCAGCUUGCUUCUUUACCCUUCCAGCCCAUCAGCCACGGCCUUCCGCCCAACAUAGAGAACGCAGAGAAGAUCCCUCCUCCUCUAUUUCCAAACCUGGGUCUUGCAGCUCUGAGCCUCCAACCCCAUCUUCGAUCCCUAAUCUCCAGAAUCACCCAAGAAGAAGGUCGUCCUCCUCUCUGCAUCAUCUACGAUGUCUUCUUAGGCUGGGUAUCCGACGUUGCCAAGAGUUUUGGCACCAAGAGCAUUGCGUUCACCACUUGCGGUGCCUAUGGAACCAUUGCUUACAUGUCUAUUUGGCUGAACCUUCCUCAUCGGAAGUCCGACUCCGACGAGUUUUAUGUUCCGGGUUUCCCUGAAAAUUACAGAUUCCACCGCUCUCAGCUUCAUCGGUUCCUGAAGCAAGCCGAUGGCACCGACACUUGGUCCCGAUUCUUCCAAACCCAAAUCGCUCUUUCUAUGAAAUCCGAUGGGUGGAUUUGCAAUACCGUUGAGGAAAUCGAGCCGUUAGGGUUGCAACUUCUAAGAAAAUUCAUCGGAUCCCCUGUCUGGACCAUCGGGCCUCUUCUUCCUGCAAAUUCGGGCAUGGAUUUGAAACAUCGCGCUGGUAAAGAACCUGGAAUUCCUCUAGAAAAAUGCAUCGAAUGGCUGAAUCUGCAUCCUGAGCGCUCUGUUCUAUACAUUUCUUUCGGGUCUCAGAACUCAAUCAGUGAAACCCAGAUGAUGUCAUUGGCCCAGGGAUUGGAACAGAGCGGGAAACCGUUCAUCUGGGUUAUAAGACCACCUUUUGGACAGGACAAGAACCGAGAUUUUGAAACAGAGUGGUUACCAGAGGGAUUUGAAAAUCGAGCUAAAGAAACCAAAAGGGGGCUGUUGAUUCGAAAUUGGGCACCUCAAUUGGAGAUUCUAUCACAUAAAUCAGUAGGUGCGUUCUUGAGCCAUUGUGGGUGGAAUUCUGUGUUGGAGAGUCUGAGCCAUGGAGUGCCCAUAAUAGGGUGGCCAUUGGCAGCAGAGCAAGCUUACAAUUCGAAGAUGGUGGAGGAGGAGAUGGGGGUUGGGGUGGAGCUCACGCGCACCGUAGAGAGCGUGAUCUCCGGGGAGGAAGUGAAGAAGGUGAUACAGAGGGUAAUGGAGAGAGGAGAGGAGAUAAGGGAGAGGGCGAAUGAGAUUGCAGAACAGAUCAGAAGAGCAAAGGAAGAAGAGAAUGGAUCUUCCGCAACGGCAAUGCAUGAUUUUGUAAGAACUGUUGUAUCCUAGUUUGGCGGGUUUGUUGGUUAAUUUUGAAUUACUUGUGGGCUUAUGGUUAUGAUACACCACAUGAACUGUUGUUGGUUAAGUGGACCAAUUAAUUCAUUAGAUGAUGAAAUAAUUUAUUUUA